CUCUGAAUGGAAAGAGGAUAUCCGUGUUUCAGAUCUACAGCUUUUAGCUAUAAAGAUUUUCUUGCACUUUAACUUAGUGAAAGUGUAAAACUGGAGGUACUGUGAUGGAAAUUACUUCUCCGAGUCAAAUAUCAGAAGAGGAUCUGUGCUGCCCUGUGUGCUACGACAUCUUCAGAGAUCCUGUGGUACUCUUAUGUAGUCACAGUGUCUGUAGAGCUUGUUUACAACAGUUCUGGAGCUGUAAAGGGUUUCAGGAAUGUCCCGUUUGCAGGAAAAGAUUCACAAGAUGUGAUCCAGUCAGUAAUCUGGCUCUGAAGAACCUGUGUGAAUCAUUUCUACAGGAGAGAAAUUCAAGAUCAUCAUCAUCUUCAGGGUCUGAGAUGUUCUGUAAUGUGCACAAAGAGAAACUCAAAAUCUUCUGUCUGGACGAUAAACUUCCUGUGUGUAUAGUGUGCAGAGAUUCAGAAAAACAUCUUAAUCACAAAUUCAGGCCAAUUGAUGAAGUUGCACCACUUCUAAAGGAGGAAUUGAAGAUCACACUGAAACAUUUACAGGAGAAACUGAAGAGCUUCAAGGAAAUUAAACAAACAUUUGAUGAUACAGCACAAUACAUUAAGACUCAGGCUCAACAGACCGUGAGAAGCUUGCAGGAGGAGUUUGAGAGGCUUCAUCAGUUUCUGGUAGAUGAAGAGAUGAUCAGAAUAUCGGCACUGAGAGAGGAAGAGGAUCAGAAGAGUCACAUGAUAAAAGAGAGGAUUGAAAACAUAGACAGAGAGAUCAAAUCUCUCUCACACAAAAUCACAACUAUAGAGAAUGAUUUAGCAGCUGCUGACAUCACCUUUCUACAGAACUUCAGGUUCUCAUUAAAAGGAGCCCAGAGCAUGCCGGAUCCACAGAUGCUAUCUGGAGCACUGAUUAAUGUGGCAGAACACCUAGGAAACUUAAAGUUUAAAGUCUGGGAGAAGAUGCAGGAGAUUGUUCAAAUCACUCCUGUCACACUGGACCCCAACACUGCAAAUCCUCUGCUUGUCCUGACUGAUGAUCUGACUAGUGUUAAAUACAGCACUGAUGUACAAUACUAUCCAGAUAAUCCAGAGAGAUUUGAGAACUAUUACUGUGUGCUGGCUUCUGAGAGCUUUGCAUCAGGAACACACGUCUGGGAUGUACAGGUCGGAGACAACACAUGCUGGUCUGUUGGAGUGACCACAGCAUCGAACCAGAGAAAAGGAGACGUUUUCUUUAACACCGGAGUGUGGCGUGUGCGUUAUAUGGCUGGUCAGUAUACGUUACAGUCACCAGUGCAGGCCCGCAAGCCCUUUGAUGUUAAAGAGAGACUUAGGAUGAUCAGAGUGCAGCUGGACUGGGACAGAGGAGAGGUGUCUUUCUCUGAUCCUGUAACUAACACACAUCUGCUCACUUUCACAACCACAUUCUCAGAGGCAGUCUUUCCAUUCCUUUAUAGUAGCUGUACACGUUUCCCACUAAUUCUCUUACCUAUGGAGUUCAGUAUAAAAGUGAAGGCACCCAAUUAAAGCCGUGUUUGCCUCUGAAUGUAAAUUCACUAAAUAUUAUGAUGGCAGAAAUAUAAUAAUAAUAAUAAUAAUUUGAUUACAAAAGCAGCAUUCAAAGCAAUGGUUUAAUUCAUAAGCUCGGUCAAAGGAAAAGUCCCUUAAAGAAAUGUUCUGGGUUCACUAAAGGUUAAGAUCAAUCGACAGCAUUUGUGGCUUAAUGUUGAUAAAAUAUCAUUUAUACUCAUCUCUCAUUUAUUUUUAAAAGAAAAGUACAAAUCUGGGUUAAAGUGAGGCAUUUACAAUUGAAGUGAAUGCGGCAUAUCCAUACACACAGUUUCAAAAGUAUAGCCAAAAUAUACAUUGUACUCUAUGUGUUAACUUGAAUUUAGUGUAAUAAAAUUUGCUUACUAACACUAUCGGUGUAAAGUAAUAACAUUUUACAACUUAGUUGCCAUGACAACGUAACAGUAAACCCUAUAAGCAAUUUUAUCACACUAGUCAUGUAAAACAGAUAUUUUAUCACACUAAAAUCAUGUUAACAUGUAUAAUGUUUACAUCUUGUAGCUAUAUCUUUGAUAUAGUGUGCAUUUUAAUGCUUUUAGACAGGUCCCAUUCACUUCCAUUGUGAGUGCUUCAUUUUGGCUUUAAAUAAAUAAGGGACAUAAAGAAAGAUUCUGUGGAAUCAACAUUAUGCUACAAAUGUUGUUGGAUGAGCUUAACAUGUAUUGAAUCCGGAGUAUUCCUACAAUCAUCAUAUUAGGAGCAGGCUGUAUUUUAAGAUUCAGAUUCUCAGUAGUACCAUAAUGUUGGCCUUUGUUAUUUGAUGCAAAAUAAUGUAUCUUGCAUGUUUAUGUUUUCUGUCUCUUUAAUGUGUCUUUAAUGUGAAAUAUAAAUUGUUUUCAGUAUAUUGUUAAUCACUAGAAAUAAUCUUUUUCAAUUCAGUCAUAAAAUUUGCAUGGUGCAAACUUUCCUGGGUUAGUCUAAUAUUUUUCGUUGUGAGAGGACGUUUAGACCUUCGAACUGUGCCAGUCACAGAAAUUGUGUCUGUAUGAUGUUGUUUUCUGCAUAUUAUAAAGAGAAGGGGGCCAAGCACUGAGCCUUGAGGUACCCUGCGGCUAAUGAUUAGCUGACAGACUUUUAUUCCAAGAUGCUUUGAAGUGCAGUGUAGUGAGGCAGACAAAUGUAGAUAAAUGUCACUGACUAUGUUUACAUGCACAGGAAUAUUUUGUCAUUAAUUAUAAUUUGGUCAUUUUCCAAUUAUGUAAGCAUAAUGUAAAUGCAUUAACCUGAAUAAAAUAUCUGAAUAAAAUUUCUGUAAUAACCUGAAUUUUGGUUCAU